AGCCGGAGUCGAGACCAGAGGCCGAACUCGGGAUCUGACAAGAUGGCCGGGCUGCCCCGCAGGAUUAUCAAGGAAACCCAGCGUUUGCUGGCAGAACCAGUUCCUGGCAUUAAAGCAGAACCAGAUGAGAGCAACGCCCGUUAUUUUCAUGUGGUCAUUGCUGGCCCCCAGGAUUCCCCCUUUGAGGGAGGGACUUUUAAGCUUGAACUAUUCCUACCAGAAGAAUACCCGAUGGCAGCCCCUAAAGUACGUUUCAUGACCAAAAUUUAUCAUCCUAAUGUAGACAAGUUGGGAAGAAUAUGUUUAGAUAUUUUGAAAGAUAAGUGGUCCCCAGCACUGCAGAUCCGCACAGUUCUGCUAUCGAUCCAGGCUUUGUUAAGUGCUCCCAAUCCAGAUGAUCCAUUAGCAAAUGAUGUAGCGGAGCAGUGGAAGACCAACGAAGCCCAAGCCAUAGAAACAGCUAGAGCAUGGACUAGGCUAUAUGCCAUGAAUAAUAUUUAAAAUCGAUCUGAUCAUCAAGUUCUCCUGUUCUCCUGUUCUGCCAAGACUUCUUCCUUUUUUGUUUGCAUUUAAUGGACACAGUCUUAGAAACAUUACAGAAUAAAAGCCCAGACAUCUUCAGUCCUUUGGUGAUUAAAUGCACAUUAGCAAACCUAUGUCUUGUCCUGAUUCACUGUUGUAAAGCAUGAGCAGAGGCUAGAAGUACCAUCCGGAUUGUUGUGAAACGUUUAAAAGCAGUGGCCCUUCUCUGCUUUUAUUCAUUUCCCCAUCAUGGUUUGAGUAUAAAGCACUGUGAAUGAAGGUAGUUGUCAGGGUUAGCUGCAGGGGUGUGGGUGUUUUUCUUUAUUACUUUUUUUGAGGGGGAGAGGUAGUUUUAUUUUAAUUUUUUGGGCUCCUUUCCUCCCUUUUAUGGUGAUCUAAUUGCAUUGGUUAAAAGCAGCUAACCAGUUCUUUAGAAUAUGCUCUCUAGCCAAGUCUAACUUUAUUUAGACGCUGUAGAUGGACAAGCUUGAUUGUUUGAACCAAAAUGGGAACAUUAAACAAACAUCACAGCCCUCACUAAUACCAUUGUGACUUGCUGUCAAGUGUAGAAUCCUUCCUUCAAGAAAAAGCUUGUGACCAUUUUGUAUGGCUUGUCUGGAAACUUCUGUAAAUCUUAUGUUUUAGUAAAAUAUUUUUUGUU